UCUAUAGGUAAAUGAUGGAGAACUAACUGCAGACACAGUAUUGCUUUUUCUAUCCUUGCAGCUUUCUUUAAUGAUAUAGGAAUUAUCUUCCAAAAUGUGUGAAAUCAUUGUUUUGUUUAAUGGUUAUUCCAAAAAUUUGGAUGAUAAAAAAAUGGAUGCAAAUUGCACUUGCACUCUAAUAAGAGGCCCCAAACUGAUUAUUGUCGACACUAUGACCGCUUGGGACCGUGAGAGGCUAAUAGAAGCACUUGCACAGUAUAAUAUCGAGCCAAAGGACAUCGAUUACGUUGUUUGUACUCAUAGCCAUUCCGAUCACAUAGGGAACAAUAAUCUGUUCACAAAAGCAGAACACGUUGUGGGUUUGACUGUUCAGUAUCGUACUAUAUUUUACGAAAAUCCACGGAUUUCGAACGAGGGCUAUGAGCUCUGUCCAGGUGUUACAGUUAUGGCCACGCCAGGACAUACGAAGGAAGAUGUUACCGUCUUAGUAAAGACGAUAAUGGAUGGAGAAGCAAAGCUUGUAGCUAUUACAGGAGACUUAUUUGAGAAAGAGGAAGAUAUUUUUGAACCGCAUAUCUGGAAAUCGCUUGGUAUACCAGAAUUGGUAAAAACUCAAUCCGUUAUGCGUUCUCGUGUAAUAGAUCUUGCAGAUUUUAUAAUACCUGGACAUGGGCCAAUGUUCUACGUUACUGAUGCUAUGAGAAAAGCCGUGAAAUGUCAAGUAAUUCCAUAAGAAAAUUGUUUGUUAUUAAUAAACA